AUGGCCACCUGUGACCCGGCACCAAGGUUGCAGGAAGUGGCAUGUUCUGGGCCUGUGGAAGCAGACCAAGUGAGCGCCAACAAUGCCAGGGACUGCCUGUCGUUCUGCGUGUGGGCUCGGCGCUAUCCACGUUGUCUGACGGUGAUAGGGCCCGGAGAGUCACGCACCAGGAUGCUUCUUCGCCUUACAUGUACCUUCCAGGAGGGCAGGCGAUGGGUAGUUGUAGCAGAGCAGCACGGCCGAUGGCCCAGAGACGAAGAGCAGGCCGUAAACCGCUGGGUUUCAAAGAGAGCCCCGAGAACCUCUCGCGAAGACCAAAAUAUUCGAAGUUGUGGGGAAGAAAUAUCCACGAGGCUCAAAACCACAGCGAUUCACCGUUGGAGCUCCGGGCGAUCCUUUGAGACUCGACGGACUCAAUUGCAACCCCUCGACACGAAGCUGCCUGUUGACGGCUUAAUCCUGUACCCCUCACUUUCGUUUCGCAAAAGCACCUCCGCUCGACAAUGCUCACCGACUGACCGCAAGAGGAUGUCUGCAGACAUGGCGUUCAAAUCCAGCUCCAACGAACGGCUCAAUGAGCUGGGGCUUGCCUCCCCGCGCUCUUCGCUCUCGGAAUCUCCCUUCUCCAGCUUUCCUUCACCUCCCGCUGGCCAAACAAGCUUUAAUUCAACAAUCGGAACAGACAUCCGCUCCACGAUUCAACGGCGGUUCACGACCGAUUCCACAAAGAUUUCACCAUGGAUGGGAUUUGGUCCGCAACCUGUGCCAUUGCCUGAAUCGAUUGAUAUACUGUCAUCUGCCACUCGAAUGCACAAAUCCCAGCUUUUUGAGAAGAAACGACAACAUAUCGAGUACAUGAGAGAACAGAAAAAGAGAUUUGAAGCAGACCUCAAACUUCUCAACCUUCAACAAGAGAAGGAAGAAGAAGAAAUGGACCAGAUCGCUCGAGAUUUGGCACGGACUGGCCUUGGUGGACCGGUCAGCGAGCCAACUACCCCCCCUGAGUAUCACGAUUCAGGAUUUCCCACUGCUCUGUCUCGUCCCGCUCGAUUCUCCAUCUCAAAUGGACAGUCAACCCCUGGUCGUUUUAACAAUUUUUUCUCUCCUCAGCUCACUUCUCCAGCUUCAAAAGCAAGUUCGCCAUUUGGCUUAAACAACAGUGAAUCAAUUACUUCCAGCAUGAAUUCUCGGCGCAAUUCUGAGAAUGAGUUUCAAGCAAAUGGGUUUGGCGCCUAUCGUCCACGACAUAUGAGUAGAUACUCGAUGUCAAACUCUACUUUCCAAUCUUCUGCCCAGUCUACUGCAUCCAAUACCAGCAGCUUCAGCAACUCCUUGGGGUUUGGCGCCUUUUAUACCGGCAAGCAUUCUGUUGAUGAAGAUGAAAAUAAACAUAGAGAGGAGGAGCGCAUGUCAACGCCUGAUGUGAAAAGCUAUUUGCGUUUGACUGAUCCGGAUGAUAAAUUUCCUACUUUAACUCGUCGAAAUGAUGAUCCUAAUGUGUUGUCUGCCAACUCUGCUGCUUUGGAUUUAGCGAAUUCGCGCACUCCUGUCCCUGAGGCAUAUCGUCCGAAUCAACGUCAUCACUCGGCCCACCAGAGUAUGCCACAAACCGCUUUUGGUUGGCUUCACAGUGAAAAUUCAAGUGAUAAAGCGCACAUUCCUACUACCAGCCCUGGAUUGUCCAAUGGAAAUUAUCAUCCUCGCCAUAUCAGUCGCCUCUCAUUAGAGGGAGGAUUCUCGGGAUACAGCUCCUCAGCCACGGGAAACACGCCGUCUCACAGUCGUCCAACCUCCCUACAGAUCUCAUACUCUACAAAUGAUGUCCCAACUAUGAGAAAUGGUGGAUUUCCGACCAAUAUUACCCCUCCAGGAUCAAGCAGUGAUCACCAUAUGAAUGGUGGUAUCAACUCGCUUUCUCAUAAUCCUCACCAGCUCAACGAUACACCCCCCACUCCUCAAUCUGAUCAUAGUGAUCCUAUUUCAAGCAUGCAAUCUGGGUUCCAAGCUACCGCCGCUCCAUUCUCAUCGCAAAUCAAAACUCCCGCCACCAUGUCUACAAAUGUCAGCGGUAGUGCCUCUCCCGCAAAGAACAACUUUCCUCACACUGGUUAUGGAUAUGGAAUGCAGCCCUGGGUCACCAGUCCUGUGCAAACUAACGGCAUGCCACUUGCAAACCACCCUCCAUUUGCACAACCUUUCCCAGCUUAUCCUCGAUUCCUCGACAACCCGGCAAGAGUUAACCAAAUCCGACGCAAUGGCGAGACUGAAGUUGGCGCUUUCUCUCGAUUUGCCAAUGUUCCACUUGAACAGUAUCGAGAUGAACUCUAUGGAUUAUGCAAAGACCAACAUGGUUGUCGUUAUUUGCAGCGGAAACUGGAAGAACGCAUCCCAGAGAAUGUUCAAAUGAUCUUCUUGGAGACACAUAUGCACGUUGUAGAAUUGAUGACAGAUCCAUUUGGCAAUUACCUUUGUCAGAAACUCCUUGAAUUCUCAAAUGAUGAACAGCGCACUGCCCUUAUCAAUAAUGCUGCUCCUCAGUUGGUAUCCAUUGCUCUAAAUCAACAUGGAACUCGUGCGCUUCAAAAAAUGAUUGAGUUCAUUUCCACCCCUGAACAGACUCAAACCGUGAUAAAUGCGUUGCGUGGCAAGGUGGUAGAACUGGUUCAGGACUUGAAUGGGAAUCAUGUGAUCCAAAAGUGUCUGAACCGACUCUCUGUUGCUGAUGCUCAGGAUCCUUUUGGAAACUAUGUUGUUCAGUACAUCUUGGAUCUUGCCGAACCUCAUUUCACAGAGCCUCUCUGUCAAACAUUUGUUGGAAAGGUGUCAAUGCUUUCAAAACAAAAAUUCAGUUCCAAUGUGAUUGAAAAGUGCCCUCGCACCGCCGAAUUUCAAAGCCGACGCCUCCUUAUCCAAGAGAUGCUGCCUGCACAAGAGCUCGAAAGGAUGCUGCGAGAUUCCUUUGCAAAUUAUGUUGUCCAAACUGCAAUGGAUUAUGCCGAUCCCGAAACUCGUGUCGCUCUUAUUGAAGCAAUCCGGCCCAUUCUUCCCGCUAUCCGUCAAACUCCCCACGGACGCCGCAUUGCGGGAAAGAUCAUGAGCAUCGAUUCUCAAAAUCGCACUAAUGGUACCACUAAUGGCCAACUGACUCCUAAUGGCCGCGAUGAGAACGGAAUUUAUCAUCAAGGCAAUGCCUUUUCUAGCCCAACAAUUUCCCAAUACGGACCACAGUUUACCACUAAUAUUUCUGACAACUUGGGCGGUAAUUCCUCUAUGACUGUUAUGACAGGUGAUCCCUCAAUUUCAGGGUCCACUGUCCCGACCACUGAUUCAACCACAACCAUCUUUUGCCCGGUUCCGCAGCAAGGUGCCAGUGUCCUCAACGGAAUUAAUGGCGCCACUCAGGGGUUCAGCCUCUACUAG